AUGGCUGACAAAACAACCCUCCAGUCUACCAAACUAAGAAGUAAAAAACCAAACUGGUCCGAGCUUCCAGUUGACCCUUGUGAAACAAUCUUAUCAAAAUUGACCCCAAAAUCCAUACUACGAUUCAAGGCAGUUUGUCCUUCAUGGAACAAGGCAGCCGAAUCCAUCUUGCGGUCACCAUCAUUCACUUGCGCACAAGAACCACCAUGGCUCCUCCUUCCCCAAGAUGGUCCUGGUCAUGAUCACAGUGGGUUUCGUUUUUACAGUUUUGAAGGAAAGUCUUACAACUUGAACAAGAACAUGCCUGAGGAAUUGGGUCAUAGUGUUUGCCUCGGAUCUGAUCAAAGUUGGCUGCUUCUUCUUGUCUUGCAGAACAUGAAUAAUCUAAAGCUUCUGCUCUUUAAUCCCCUUUCGGGUACACAACUUCUACUCCCACCUCUCAGUACUUUUCCAGAUAUACUUCGCAUAGCUUAUUACCAUGAUGAUAUCAACAUGUAUAAUGAUGAUGACUCGUGUAAAAUCAAAAUCGAAGUCAAAAUCAAAAUCAUGACCAAUCCUGAUCCUACUACACCACCACGAUCGUUCAAUUUGGUUAUGAGAUCAAUGAAAGAUUUUAAACAUAAGAUAUUAACCAAAGUAGUUCUGUCAUCACGGCCAAUUCGCAACAGCAACAAAAGAAGCAGCAUUGGGGUGUUUGUGAUGUACAGAUUCAGUAUAUUCUAUCCGGGUUAUUUUUAUCUUGCAUUCUGUGUGACUGCAGAUGAUGAGUGGAAAAAACUUGAUGAACAAAGAGCGUACCAAGAUAUUACGAGCUAUGAUAAUCAGCUUUAUGCUUUGUGUCAUGGUUACACUAGUGUUCAAGUAUGGGAUUUCGUGAGUUCCUUUCCUGUUAAAAAAUUGGAAAUCAAAGUGGAUGCAUCGUCCAUAGUACUCCAAUUAGCAGGCUUCUACAGUUGUGCUUUCAUAAUCAAAACAGGCGUAGAUGAUCUCUUCCUGGUCCUGAAGUUUUUAUGUUAUAGUCUCAUGAAACCGGAUGUAUUCCAUGUUUAUAAACGGGAUUCCAAUGAUAGAUGGAUGGCGGUUGAAUCCAUUGGCAAUCAUGCUUUGGUUUUGAGUGUGAAACAGUCUAUAUUAAUUUCUUCAAAAGAUUCUCCAGAAUAUGAUCAGAAUUCAAUCUACUCUCCGUAUUUACUCUCAGAUAAGAGCCCUUCCUGCAGUCGUUUAGGUUUGUUUAGUUGGAGAAACAAACAAGUGAAAGAAGUCUGUGGUGGUAAACUGGCGCCUGAAACACCACAAAUUUUCUUCGUUCCAAAUCCCUUUUCACACAUUCGAUAG